AUGAUCCAGGGCGGCGGUGUGAUAUUACUUCUUCUUCACAAAGGCAAUAUCUUUUCAUUGGGUCCACACCAACCUAAACUUUUAAAAUAUCCAAUUAACAGUGAUAUUGAUCCAUCAAAACAAAAAAGUUUUAAUCCUAUUUGGUUAAAAGAAUAUCCUAUGCUAGAGUAUAGGUUAGGAAGACAGUUUUCAAAUGAAGCAUGGGUAAAACAUGGUGUUAAUACAUGGCAAAAAAUGAAAAGUCGAGGAAAAGCAAAAUUAGGCAAGUUGGAACAGCAUUUUAAUUCUUUAUCACACAAAGCAGCUUUAAAUGAUUACCGCAACUUUAUGAAAGAGUCAAAUCAUAUUGACAUUAUUAUGAAUAGAUCAAAAAGACAAGAAUCGAUCAAACUAGUACAAGAAAAAGAAUUUAAUAAACAAAUAAUUAUAAUUUUAUUUGAUAUAGCACGGACAUUGUGUAGGCAAGGGUUGUCUUUUCGUGGAGAUGGUGACGAAUCUAGUGGUAAUUUUAAUCAAAUGGUUCAACUUAUCUCUAGGCACAAUCCCUUAAUGAACCGUUGGAUAAAUGAAAAAUCAUCAAGAUCUUACAAUGUCACAUAUUUAGGCCCGCGUUCCCAAAAUGAGUUUAUUGAUAUUCUAAGUAAUGAAGUAAGAAGAAUUAUUGUGAAAGAAGUCCAGGAAGCAAGUUUAUUUUCAGUCAUGGCUGAUACAACCCCCGAUAAUUCUCAUAAGGAUCGAUUGGCAGUUUGUUUGCGUUAUGUUAAUAACAAUGGAAAAGCAAUUGAAAGGCUUUUAGAAAUAGCUGAAGAAGUAGACAAAACUGUCUUAGGAACAGCUAAACAGAUUAUUGAAAUUUUAACUAAACAUUCUUUAGGAACAGAUAAUUUGGUAUUUCAGUCAUAUGAUUAUGCUAGUAACAUGUCUGGGCAGUUUAACGGUACACAAGCUAAGCUUUCAGAACUAGUUGGUCAUAGUGUUUUUUAUAUUCCAUGUCAAGCGCAUCGGAUGAACACAUUUUUGGAACAUGCAUGUAAUUCUAGUUUAAUUGUGUCAGAUAUGAUUGAUAACUUGGAAAACAUUUAUGUAUUUUUUUCAGCUAGUAAUAAAAGGUAUAGCGUAUUGAAUAAGCAAAUGAACAAUGUUGAUAAUACAUUACAAUUAAGAAACUUAUCCAAAACAAGAUGGACAGCCCGUGCAGAGUCCAUUAAAGCUGUUUGGGUUUCAUAUGAAGCUAUGUAA